AUGGAGGUGGCGGUGGCGGUAGUGAGCGCUGUGACAAAAAGCGUGGUAUCGAAGCUGAUCACGGUUCUUGAGAAGAGGUACAAGGAGUUGAAGGACCUCGAGGGCGACAUCAGCUUCCUGCAUCGAGAGCUUGCCAUGAUCUGCGGGUCCAUGGAGGUUCAGAUCUCGCACAAGGGGCAGCCCAGCGCGGUAGAGAUCUUAUCCAUGGAAGAAUUCCGCGCCCUGGCACAUAACAUCGAGGACUGCCUGGACCGGUUCCUUCCUUGCGCUGCGUGCGAGGGAGAGCUCCAGAUCCGCAAUCCAAGAAAGUUCUGCCAUGAGAUCGGGAGACUCAAGCGGGAGCUGGAUGCGGCGCAUGAGCGAAAGAUCAGAUACAAUGCAGACUUUUGCUCCGCCGCAGCCGAAUCGGACCUGGACGACAAUCCCGUUGACCAAGAGAAUCCGGGCGCGUACGGGGCUUCUCCUGCGGUGGGCAUCGAGGAAGCAAAGCGGGAGCUUUGCAAGUCCUUAGUUGAUGGUGGCCAAGCUAGCCGCAGGAAGCUGAAGGUGGUCUCCAUCGUCGGAUUUGGGGGCUCGGGCAAAACCGCACUCGCAUGGGAAGUGUACAACUGCCCUCAAGUCGCCGAGCAAUUCAGUUGCCGUGCCUGGGUGACUGUGGCGUCCAAUCAAAUACACGGGGUCGCGGCCAAGGAGGCGCUCUUGACGGCCAUACUUGAGGGGCUUCUCGGAGAAGAAGCACAGGAGUCCGUGCCACAGAAACUCCGACAACUCCAGCAGCAUAUCAGUCGUCUUCUCCAGACUAAGAGGUGUUUAAUUGUAAUUGAUAACAUCAAGAUGGAGCUAUGGGAUGUAAUAAAACCUAUUUUCCCAGAUGAAAAAGGGAGCAGAAUCCUAGUGACCACAACUGUGACCUCAGUAGCUAAUGCCUGCAGCUUGCCUGAUGGUUAUGUGUACAGUAUAAGAUCUCUUAGUGCGGAACAGUCCAAGGAUUAUCUAGACAAGAAUGUUUUCGUCAAUGGAUGCUCACCUGACUUGGAGAGGGGUUCAACUGCAAUCGUGAACAAAUGUGAUGGUCACCCACUUGCUCUUGUUAGUGUUGCCAAAGCUUUGCAAGGUCACAAGUUGACAGGGGAUCUAUGUGAAAAAAUGACCCAUAACCUAUGUUCUCGUAUGGACGAGAACAAGAAUGGCCACUUCACAAAACUGGGGCAAGUUCUUAUGAAUAAUUACAGCAGUUUGCCUGGCAAUUCUCUCAAGACCUGCUUAUUAUACUCGAGUCUAUUCCCAAAUGAUCGCCCAGUCAGCAGGAAAACUCUUACCGGGCGAUGGUUAGCCGAAGGAUACAUAGAUGGUGACCAAGAGAUUGCCGAUAAAAAAUUAGAUGAGCUAAUUGACAGAAAUAUCAUUCUGCCUGUUGAUCCAAGCAACAAUGGGAAAGCCAAGACGUGCAAACCUCACGGUAUCAUGCACCAGUUCAUGCUGCACAAGUCCAUGGCUUCGAAUUUCAUUGCUACUUCUUUGAGUGCUAGGAAUCGAAGUAAUUUCCGUCACCUAAUUAUUGAGAAACAUACAAAUGGCACAGCAUGCAACAUGGGACAUGGUACCAGUCCAGCCGGACGUGGCCGCGACCCCCUGCACAAAUUCUUUUCUUCUUUGAAAGAAAAAGUUGAUAACUUGUUUUCAGGAUCGGCUGGUGAGCAGCUGCGCCCCCGAUCUCUAACAGUCUUCGGGAGUGCGGAAGAAGCCGUUCCAGAUUUGACGAGUUUUGAGCUGCUGAGAGUGUUGGAUCUAAAAGAAUGCAAUGGUUUGAAUGAAGAACAUCUGGGGCACAUAUACAAACUGUUGCAUCUCAAAUAUCUGACACUCGGGAGCUCUGUCAGCAAUCUUUCAGUUCAAAUGGAAAGGCUUCAUUGCUUAGAGACACUUGACUUAAGGAAGACAAAGAUAGAGACACUGCCUGUGGAAGUCAUUAGUCUGCCUCACCUUGCACACCUUUAUGGUAAGAUGAAGCUCAAAAGGAUUAGUGGCAAGAACCAUAAGAGAUUCCUGCAAGGAAAAAGUAAUUUGCAGACUCUAGCAGGAGUUGUUAUAGACAACAACUCUGGAUUUCCAGAACUGAUGGUUCAUAUGAAGAAACUGACAAAGGUCAAGAUAUGGUGCGAGUCCAAUAGCACAGAUUGCAGUUACGCCGUACUUUCAGAGGCCAUUCACAAGUUUGCUCAGGACGGCAUGAGUACUCCAGUAGGCGCACGUUCUUUAUCACUUCACCUGAAUGAUUCCUCCAAAGAUUUGCUGAAUCACCAUCAAGGCGACAACACAAUGGCAGCAUCAAGAAAAGGUUAUCUUAGCUCACUGAAACUGCAAGGCAGCCUGAAUCAGUUCCCUCAGUUUGUUAUGUCCCUUCGUGGUCUGAAAGAGCUGUGCCUUGCAUAUACUAAUCUGACAGGGCCUCAUCUUCUCCUAGGUCUGCGUAAGCUACGGCACUUGGUUUAUCUCAAACUGGUGGAAGUCCACCUUGCGGAUCUAGACAUAAAACAUGGGGAUUUCCCAAGCCUGCAACAUCUAUGCCUCAUGGUGCGAGAACCCAGAUUCCCCACUAUACAAGAAGGAGCUUUGCCUAGACUCACUUCAGUUCAGUUGCUCUGUAAGGGUUUAGUGGGUCUUUGCGAUCACAUCAAAGUGGAAUGUUUAGAUGCUCUUUGCGAAAUCGCUCUGGACUCACAGGUUAAUCAAGAAACGAUAAGACUAUGGCAAAAUGAAGCUAAGAAGCACCCUAAGAGCCCAAAGGUUCUGUUGCUCAAAAGGGUCGAUCCAGCAGAUACUAGGUCUCCGGCGAAAUAUGUUGCCACUGAUCAUGGAUCCUUGAAGCCUCCGGUGCAGGGAACACCUUGA